UCAGACUAUCGCUUAGAUCCUGCCGAGGCCAAAAAGCAGAUUGAUCGCAUCCCUCGUUUUCGCAUUCUUAUCAUGGGCAGAGCAAAUGCGGGUAAAACAACUAUUUUACAACGGGCCUGUAACACUACGGAUCAGCCUGAGAUCUUCGACGGAAAAGGACAGAAGGUUGAUACUGGGGCAGUGCGAGGUUCACUGGGGCGUGGCUACCAUAACAUUGAGGAUGAACUAGUGUUUAAAAGUAACCCGCGCUUUGUGUUCCAUGACUCAUGUGGAUUCGAGGCGGGGAGUGAGGCAGAGUUUGAUGAGAUGAAGAAAUUUGUCUCAGAUCAAGCUAAGGCCAUUAAACUGGAGAGGAGAAUACAUGCAAUUUGGUAUUGCAUUCCUUUGAAUGAGAGCCAUAGGAUGGUCAUGGCUGCUGAGAGGAAAUUCUUUAAUGAGUGUGACACAGGACAUGUUCCUGUGAUUGUGUUACUAACAAAGGCAGACACCUUAAAUCUUGAUGCAGUUCAGGAGCUUAUGAGAAGGGGGUUAACUGUAGAUGAUGCAAUGAAAGAAGCACCAGAGGUAGAAAAACAGCUGCAAAAGGGCUGUUUGGAAAAGAUCAAAGGGUGGCUGAAUGAACUGAAGUUUCCACCUCAAAACUACCUGAUGCUCACUGGCAUGGAACAGGAGAGUGCAGAUUGUGAAGGGCUAUUGAAAUGCACAGCAAAUGCUUUGACAGAGGGAGGGCUGCAAGGACUGCUGAUAUCAUCACAGCAGUCAAAUUGGGACUCCACAUGGAAUUUGCCAUAA